AUGUCUAAACGAAACUCCACCAGACUCGCAAAUGGCAGCGCUCCCGUCGUUGACCAGCCUGUCCCCAGCUACCUCCUCACUGGCAAAGUCGCUCUCGUGACCGGAUCAGGGCGAGGUAUGGGCCGCGAAACCGCACUCGAGCUCGCUCGCCGUGGCGCCGACGUCGUGGUCAACUACGCCAACUCUUCCAAAGCCGCCGACGAGCUCGUCGCCGAGAUCAAGGCCCUCGGCCGCGACGCCAUCGCCGUGCAAGCCAACGUGUCGGACGUGUCCCAGAUCAUCGACAUGUUCGCCCAGGCAAAGAAACACUUUGGCAAGCUGGACAUUGUGGUCUCGAACUCGGGCGUCGUCUCCUUCGGCCACCUGAAGGACGUCACCGAGGAGGAAUUUGACCGUGUCUUUGCCAUCAACACGCGAGGCCAGUUCUUCGUCGCCCGCGAAGCAUACAAGAACUUGGAGGUCGGCGGCCGCAUCAUCCUGAUGGGCUCCAUCACCGGCCAGGCCAAGGGCGUCCCCAAGCACACCGUCUACUCGGGCAGCAAGGGCGCCAUCGAGACGUUUGUGCGCUGCAUGGCCAUCGACUGCGGCGACAAGAAGAUUACUGUGAAUGCCGUCGCCCCGGGCGGUAUCAAGACCGACAUGUACCACGCCGUCUGCCGAGAGUACAUCCCCAAUGGCGCCAACCUGUCGGACGACCAGGUCGACGAGUACGCCGCCACGUGGUCUCCCAUGAACCGUGUCGGCCAGCCCAUCGAUGUUGCCCGCGUCACCGCCUUCCUGGCCUCCCAGGACGGCGAAUGGAUCAACGGCAAGAUCCUCGGCAUCGACGGCGCUGCUUGCAUGUAA